AAAAAUAAUUUGGCUUAGAAAAUAUCUCCAUUUAAAGGUUUGCUUUAUGACUUGCAUAUCAGUAUAUCAUCCAACCCAAAAAAAUCUGUACCCUACAAAAUGGCAAAUCCUGAAUCCGUUUUGUUGACGAAAAAACUAGAAGGCAAGGUUGCCAUUGUCACUGGUGGUGCUAGUGGCAUUGGGGAGGCGACUGCGCAUCUUUUUGCCGAUCAUGGUGCACGGGUAGUUGUGAUUGCUGAUGUCCAAGAUGAGAAAGGUCAAACGGUGGCUGAAUCCAUUGGCGCACAUAGGUGCAACUACGUGCGUUGUGAUGUUAGCGAUGAAGAACAAGCAAAGGCCAUGGUCAAUUGGACAGUUCAAAAAUAUGGCCAACUCGAUAUUAUGUUUAGCAAUGCAGGAAUAGUAAGUAAAUCCAAACAAACUAUUCUCGAUCUCGAUUUCUCACAAUUUGAUCGAUUGAUCCAGGUCAACUUACGUGGUAUGGCAGCUUGUGUAAAGCACGCAGCGCGUGUGAUGGUGGAGAAGCAUAUCCGGGGAACCAUUGUGUGUACUGCCAGUGUGGCCGCCACGAGAGGGGCUGUUCACCGGACCGACUAUGCCAUGUCAAAGCAUGGAGUUUUAGGACUAGUCCGAUCAGCCAGUCGACAACUAGGAGAGUAUGGAAUUAGAGUAAACAGUGUGUCACCAUCUGCUGUAGUAACUCCAUUGACAUGUGAAGCCAACCAGAUCACUACGAAAGAUGUUGAGAAAAUAUAUGAAAAUUCUUUUGUGCCAUUGACAAGUUUGAAAGGAAUUGUAUUAACAGUUAGACAUAUAGCAGAAGCUGUACUGUUUCUCGUCUCAGACGACUCAGCUUUCGUGACUGGACAUGACUUGGUGGUGGAUGGUGGGCUCAAUGGCCUUCCCGAUCCAAAACGAGAUUCAAGAAAUUAGAAUAUAUAUUAUAAUAUCUAAAUUAGAGAGGAUUGAUUAUUGGGGAGGGGUAAAAUGUUUUACUAAUUUGUAUGGAAAUGAAUUUAUGUUACUUCCAAUAAAAAAUAUCUUCUUGAUGGGUUCCUUA